AUGGCGCCAGGAACUCGACGCGCGAAUCGUAGCGGAUACACCGAACACGAUGACUUUGAAGGUCUCCCCGUGCGCCAAUGGCGCCAGGAAUGGGUGAGCGUUGAGCCCCCCGCGCCCCCCGAGACGACGCAGAAAAACGACAUUUGGGACGUCGAACUCCCCUGGGGCAUGCCCAAGGACGCGGGUCUUCUGCCCCAGCACAGCCAAGACCUCCUGCGCGCCGCGCGAUCGGGUGUCCUCUACAAGAGGCCCGCGCCGACUGAGGAGGAAGAGGCCGACGCCGACGCCGUGCCCGACAAGCCUGAGAAGAAGGAGGACGAGGCGGAGACCAAGGGCUUCCAGAUCAAGGUGUGGAAGCAGAUCAAUCGCAACUCGGAGGGUUCCCCCGUCUCGCACUUGGCCAAGCGCAGGAAGGGCACCGUCACCAUCUCUUCCAAGACGGUCUCUAGCCAGGUUCCCGGCGCGACGGUGACCAAGGCUACUGUGCGACGAGUCGAUGCCGCAGGAAACCCGUACACGCAGGAGAUUACGCUGCAGGAGGGUCAGGCGGUUGAGGGCGAGAUCAUCUCGACGACGGUCGUGGCCGUCGCGGCUGUUGAUCCCACGCAGCAAGCGCCGCAACGCGUCCGGCGACCACCGCCACCCAAGAAGAAGAACAAGCCUGGUCCGGGACGCGGCCGCAAGAAGAAGAUCCUGCCUUUGCCCGCGCCGGCGGUGCCUGGCGCACCGGCUGCUGCGCCUCCAGUAGAAGGUGUUCCUGCAGCUCCCAAAGUUGAGGGGGCGGAUGGGACAGACCCUGCUGUCAAGCAAGAGCGGGAGGACUCGAACAACCCCGACAGCGAGAUGGCUGAUAAUGACGAUGACGACGGCGACGACGAUGAUGGUGAUGAUGGCGAUGACGGCGACGAGGAGCAGCGCGAUGGCGAGAACACGGAUGGUCAGGACCAGGAAAUGACCGACGCAUCUCCAUCUGUGCCCACACCGACUGUCGACACAACGGCGGAACUGACCGAUCCCGAAUCACCUGUACCAAAGCGCGCUGCGCCGAUGGCAAAUCCCAUCAACCUCGCCCCUCCCAACAUGCACCUGGCAAACUCCUCUCCCAAGGGCAGCCCUCUCAAGAACGUAGUCUUGCCGUCCCCCACGGAGCCACCAGCCCAGUUCUCCUCCAUUUCAGAGGCACUGGUGCCCCCCGCGGAAUCAAAGAGCGAGCCUUCGCAGGCUGACAUACCCAUGGCUGAUGGAGCUGAACCCACAAAGGAGCCUUCCCCGCAGGCUCCCCAGGAAUUGCUGGGUUCGCCUGUGCCUGAUCAGCUACCUCCUACCGAUACUACAACAGAACUUCACGAUGCAUCGACAGCGCUCCCGCCUGCCGAAAAGGUGGGCGACAUCGUCUCGCCUAUGGCCGAGACAAGAUCAACGUUCUCGUUGGCGACGACUGCAGAGACCGAUGCUUCGGGUACCAGGUUAGAAAGCGGCGAUCAAACUGUGGCGUCGAAUGACGCUGCACAAGACUCGAUGAUGCUUGACGCCCUCGAGGAACGUCAGCCCUCUCCAGUCCCCGAGGCUCCCAAGGCCCCUGAGAUUCCAGGGCUUUCUGAAGCUCUCUCAACCUCGGAGGCACCGCCGCCUCCUGCCGAGGAGCCAGCAAUUGUCAUGGAGGAUCCUUCUGAAAAGAAGGAAGAAAGUCCCUUGAUUCCGCCAAUUACCGCUGAACCUUCAGCUCCGAUUGCUGAGGCCGAGCCCGUGGCACCUGUGGUUGAGGAGAUGCCACUUGCGCCCCCAAUGCCUGAACAACCCGCAGAAGCCGUUACGUCACCAGCGAAGUCUCCCGUCAUAUCGCCAUUGAAGUCGCCAGCGAUUCCGGCAGCGGAGUCAUCAGUCAAAUCAUCCGCUCCCGUGCUGGAACCCCCAGCUCCUUUGGAGCCUCCUAUUGUGGAACCUGCCGACAUUCCACCAGAGAUUCCAGUCGAAGUACCCGUCGAAGCAGCCGCCGAGGAGUCAGCUGCCUUGCCGCCGCCGUCACCCCUCGAGCCUCAAAUCGAGCCUUCCGUAGCACCAUUGGUGGAUAUUCCGGUUGAAAUUCCAGUCGAGGUCUCUGCGGACGUUGCAAUGGAGGAGGCACCGGCCGAUCUUCCCGCAGAGAAACCCAUUGAGGCACCAGUCGAAGUUUCAGCCGUCGAGAUCCCCACCGCCGAACCGGCGUCGGUCCCGUCAGCGCCUGCCGAAGUUCCCAUGGUGCCAGAAGACGACGGCCCGGAUCUGCUUGCCGGUUUGGAGACGGAGCUGGAUCGCCAAGCCGAGAUCAGCAAGUCUCCACUCACCGAACCGCCUGCGGCCCCGCACCCGGAGCCGGCUGAGCUCCCCGAGAUUGCCAACCCAGUGCCGUUGCCUGAAGUUCCGCCCAUUGAGCCUGAGAAGCCCGCACAAGAGCCAACAGAGGCGGCGGCCACUGAGAGUGCUCUGGUCCUAGAGGCUGCGGAGGUUCCGGAGGCGGAGACGGUUCCUGCUGCAGCUGCCCCUGUGACUGCGGAAUCGGCACCAGCUGAGGAAGCUGUCGCGCCCACAGAGACGGCACCGGCGGAGACGGCCCUUGCGGAGGAACAAGAGAAGAAGGUGGAGGAAAGCUCGACUGAUGCCGCUGUACCUGCAGCCGAUGCCUAG